AUGAAAAUUGAUUCAUUUUUCAACCUUCAAGGAUUCAGAAAAUGUGAGAUUGAGUAUGUUGUUUAUGUUCAGCAUACAUCUGAUAACAAUAUGAUUCUGAUGUGUCUCUAUGUUGAUGACAUAUUGCAAAUAGGGAGUUGUUCAGAUCAAAUAUCUAAGUUUAAGAAGGCACUGAUGGAUGAGUUUGAGAUAACUGAUCUAGGAAAUAUGGUCUACUUUUUAGGGAUGAGGAUUAUGUACUAUAAUAAGGGUAUAAUUUUGCAUCAGCUGAAGUAUGAACUUGAGCUUCUGAAGAAAUUUGAGUUAAUAAAUUGCAAGUCUGCAAUCACACCUGCUGAAACAAAUCACAAACUAGAUUCUGAUGUUAAGGGUGAUGAUGUAGAUGCUACAACUUUUAAACAGUUGGUGGACUCAUUGAGAUGUCUCUAA